AUGACGGCCCUGGGAAAUGUUGUCCAACAGCACCAGAUGGUUGAGAGUUCUGAAGAGGACUCUUCAAGGAGGUUUCCCAACAAACCUGGCGUUGAUUUAGGGCCUACAUCAAAUGACGAAGUCUUAGAUUUUAAAACCAAGGUUUCUGAUGGUUGGGAAGAAGCACAAGACCUGUUGCGCAAAAACCACACGCUGAGACUGGAGAUAGGUGCAGUGAAACGUCAGCACCGGGAAAAGGAAGAGAACUAUUCUGAGGACAUGGAAAUUCUCAAAGGAAAGAAUGAUGAUCUUCAAAAGGCAAUAAAACUGAGUGAGGAAACGUUAACAAAGACUGUAUCCCACUAUACACGCCAGCUUAAUCCUCUGACAGCUGAGAAUAGAAUGCUAACCUUUAAGCUGGAGAAUGAAAAAGAAAGCAAACAAAGACUGGAAACGGAAGUGAAAUCCUACCGUUCUAGACUGGCUGCUGCCUCACGCGAUCAUGAUCAAGGUCAGACAUCACAAAGAGAUCUGGAACUUGCCUUCCAGAGAGCAAGAGACGAGUGGUUAUGCUUGCAGGACAAAAUGAAGUCCGAUAUGGCUAAUCUAAAUGAUGUGGCCGAGACAUUUUCGCAGCAACCAUCUAUAGUGGAAAGUAAACUCAAUAAGCUGAAAAUCAAGCUGCAGCACAUGAGAGAUGAUCUUAGAGAAAAGACUUCAAUGUUAGAACGUGUCCAGAGAGACCUAAGCCAAACAGAGUGUCAAAAGCAGGAAAUUGAACACAUGUAUCAGAACGAACACGCCAAAGUGAAUACAUACCUUGAAAAGCAGAAAUCCUUAGAGGAGAGAUUAUCUCAGCUCCAGAGUGAAAACGUGUUGCUCCAACAGCAGCUGGACGAUGCACGAAAUGGAGCCGGCAGUAGAGAGAAGACGGUCAUGAGCGUCCAAGACCAGCUGUAGCAGAUCGCGAGAGGACUGCAGGCCGAACAUGAGCAGCGAGGUCUGAUGGAGGAAAGAAACAAGCAGUUAAUCAAGGAGUGUAAUCAUUUAAAAGAGAGACUGUGUCAGUACAAAAAAGAGAAAGCAGAAAGAGAAGUGAGUAUCCAGAAGGAGAAAUAAUUCUCAGACUUCCUGAAAGAAAAUUCAAAGUGAUUAUUGAUUCUGGCUACAUGUUGAAUCUAGUUGAGUAUAAAAAAUACACAGGCUAUGAAUCUAUGGUCUC